AUGCCAGAACAAGUAUUUCAUCAGAAUGUGAAGAUUUUGCAUUCUUCAAGCUGCCAGGCAGUUGGACAAAGUCAAGUAGCACUUUCCAUUGUUCCUCCAAUAGGGAGAACUAUUGAAGGUGUGCAGAACCAGAAAGUCAUUGCUGAGAAAACAUAUAUGGUUCAGGCAAAUAGUAUGGAUGCAAACCUAUCACAAGUUGGUUCAAAAAAUCCCCCAACUCAAAACAUGGUAAGCGAAGAGCAACUAGCUCAACUUUCUAGACUCUCAGCCUCUUUGGUCCAUAUCCUUGGAGCCAGUCAGCAGCUCCCACAACUUUCUGUUGCUUCUGUUUCUUUAGAUGCAAACCUAAGCAAAAGUGAAGGAUCUGGUAAGCCUGUUUCCAAAACAAUCAUCAAGACUGAUCCUGCUGUUGGAUUCCGAAAGCUACGUGAUCCAAGACGUAAUAGUAGGGAGCCAAAGAAUGUUAAUGAAAAUGGGGUGGUCCCUAGCUUUUCUCCAAGCAAAAAUAUCCCAAAAGAUACAGUAGAAAUUCCAUCAUUGUUAUCUAAGUCAGGACAACACUUUGAUGACUCUAAAAAGUCUGACUUUUCAGAAAAACAACUUGCUAAGAGUGAAAAUUCAAUUCAGUUGCCAAAAGGUGAAAAUGUUGAGCAUAAUAGCGAAAACAACAAAGCGGUAGCUGAAGGAAAGCGAAGUUCCCCAUGCGACAAUAAAUUUACAGAACAGGAUGGCCCUUUGGAAAACUUGGACCAAAACAGUGGGUCUGAGGAGGACAAGAAAAUAAAGGAUGCGAAAAGAAUUCAUGCAUUUAAAUUUUCAUUAGUUGAGUUCAUUAAGGAGCUUUUGAAACCAACAUGGAAAUCUGGUAAAAUUACCAAAGAAGAUCAUAAAGUAAUUGUGAAGAAAGUUACUGACAAAGUAACUAGUACAAUGCAGCAGACACAUAUUCCUCAGACACAAGAGCAAAUUGACCGUUAUUUAUCAUUAUCAAGAUCAAAGCUUGACAAACUUGUACAGGCAUAUGUGGAAAAGGUUCAGAAGGCUUAG